GUCAUCGGCGCGUUUUCUUUCACCAGCGAUAUUACUGUUACUGGAAUUGGCCUGUUUGAUAAGGGAGAUGGCAUCCCCAGCGACUCUGAUGAUUUUCUCGCUACUACGCAACUUUCAAUUCUCACCUGUCCAGCGGAGGGUAUCAAAUUGAACAGCGACCAAGGCGGAGAUCCGUCAGCCUCUAUGGUGCAUCACGUGGUUAACUUGAAGGGCGAGGCUGCGUUUUCGGACCGAGUGCCAACGAGCUCGCUAGAUGAAUGCUCUCGAUGGGUUUUACCGUCAGAGACGGGUUUAGCAUUCUCCCCAUCCUCGUCUUCCCAAAAAGACGAUUCCCGUCGAACUAUAGCGUUCGUUACCACGCCGAUGGAGAUUAUUAUGAUUUCGAGACGGUCGCUUAUGGACCACGCGAUGUGGCUUAUCGCUCGGAGAAAAUUCGAGAGAGCUGUGCAAGUUGCUGCUACUAUGGACACUUCUGAGGCUGUGGGCACUGUGUUGAGCUCAGCGUUGCAACCACUACUUAGUGAUAAGGAGUACCAUAGGGCGGCGACUUUGACGUCUCUCAUUGAUAGUGAAAAACACGGGGCUAUUUGGAAGUCUAUUGCUGCUGAGUUCGAGUCAUAUGACGCCUUGCAGUUCCUCGUAGGGUAUUUGCCUACUGAUGUUGAUACGGCGAAAAGGAGCGGCCUUGUUGAUGCUGAGAUAUACGAUAAGACAAUUACGAAGUACUAA